AUGAAGAUUAUCUUCACCAUUGUCCUUCUUACCACCUCCUUUCUCUGCUGUGCAAGUAGACAGGAUUUAGAGGAAAAGCCGGAGUUUAGGAUUCUUUCACCACAAUUUAUGUGCAGCAAAAAUGAUUUAAAUGCAACAAUUGAAACACCACCGGAGGAUAUAACAAUUCGGUUCCAACCGAAGGAAGGUAAGAAACUCACGUACCACGUGCGCGUUUACUUUGAAUUCAUCGAAGGGUGGAAGAGUCAGAGGCACACAAUUUCUCUGUGGCGCAGCAUACGUUUGUUGGAGAAGAGAUUUCGGAAUACCACGGAAGAAAUAACUUUGAACAAUAAAAUUAACAUUGGGCACGAUGAAUUAACCCCAGGGGUCAUUUACACCUUUAGCCUUUCUGCAAAGGACGACAAGGGGGCAGUGAGUGACGAGGAAAAUAUUACAUUGGUCUAUAGGAGUGAGAAUGAUCCCAAAAGGGGUGUGGGGGAGGUUUCAUUGCUCCUCAUUGGAUCCAUUCAUACGUACAAGCACCUGCCGCUAAUCAUUCAAGCUAGUUUAAUUUUUUGCCAACCCACCAAUGACUAUGUGUUUAAAUGGCAAAUGCCUUUCCUUGAAGAGGUAUAUCAGGAGUGGUUAAGGACACCUGGAAAAACUCUUUAUUUACCACCAAACGUCCUGAAACCCGGUAAAAAGGACAAAGUUUACGUGAAGGUUUUAAACCAAAAUCAAACGGAAACCUACACACAGGGAUCAAUGAAUCUGCACGUCCUGAAGAGGGACUUCUUUGUCAUUCUAACACCUAUGAAUCUUUCAAUUGGAAUCAAUCGAAGGAUCACCUACAAAUUGGCUAUUUCGCAAUCUUUCGACGAUGAGGAUUUAUCACAAAUCACGUGGGAAUGCAAAAAUCUCCAAAACGACGAAAAUUGCCUUAAUUUUGAAGGUGCUUCAGGUCCAAAGCAGGAAGUUUCUUUCCCAUCAUUGGGAGACUAUCAAGUUACAGCCCAAAUCACCAGUGACGACGUUACUCAGACUCUGUCUUCAUUUGUAACUGUCGAUCCGCGAAUAAUUGCUUCUGUGCAAUUUCCCGACAUUAAACCAAAACCAUUAAUUUCCUGGAGAUCUCUGAGACUUCCUGUGGUUGUAAAUGACGUCAUCCCACAAUGCCAUCUUCAUUGGACAACAGUUAAUCCUUUUGAUGACAACCAGUACGGCUACAUUGAUGAUUCCUACUUCCCGAGCAAAAUUAUUCCAAAUCUCGAAGAAAAUUUCCUAUCAGACAUUGUUGAGAUAAGCAAUGCAACCUACUCUGAGGACUUUAUGCUGGAAGUUCCGGAGCAAUUUGAGAAUUUCUCCGGGAUAGAACCGGAGAAAGUCUACGUGUUUAGGUUGCUUGUGACCUGCCCUGAGCCCCUUGAGGAGUGGAAUGCUGAAAGUGAAGGGAAUAUUACGAGUUUUGCGGAUUUAGUUUUAAUCUCCAAACAACCACCAAUUACACGACCAAUGGAGGUUUUUCCCGAAGAAGGUGUAGCCCUUAAGACGUUAUUUACGAUUUUCACGGGAACAGCAUCGGAUACACCUGAUGACUACCCAAUGCGCUACCUUUUCCAGUACCAAAUUGGACGGUUAGUUGUUGAUCUUGAGGAGUUCUAUGAAAAUAUGCAAAUUACCACCGAACUACCGUAUUCAGAGGAACCAAUAAGGAUUUUCUACAGAGUCUGCGAUACGAGGAAUGCUUGUUCGAGAACAGAGGGACCUUCAAUUCAUGUAAAUCUCCCUGAAGACUAUUCAAGGGAGGAAUUUCAGUUCAAAUUGGACAAGAUAAAGUCGAUGUUUUACAGAACAGACUAUGACAGUAUGUUCUCAACGAGUGUAGCGUGUAUUUUAACAUUCAAAGAAUUUCCAGAUAAAACAUUCUAUGAAGAACUCAAAAGUCUUCUUAUUAGAAGAAUUCAGGAAGAAGUAAGCCGCCUUCAGGCCAACGAUGAGAGCAUCUUUGUAUCAGAAUUGAAGAUUCUUUCUUUUGUGAAAUAUGGGAAAAUCUUAUUGGAACUUCUAGGUGUAAAUGAUGCGAAGCUGAAGGAAGAUCUUCUAACUCUUUUAAGUACUAUUCGUCAAGAGAGAAGUGAUUCUGGAACAUUGGAAGAGAAUAAUUUGAUCAUGAAACGAUCAAUAGAACCAGACAAGGCAGAAAUGAGGAAACUUUCCGAAGAAGAUGUGCUUCAAAAAGGAAUUCUUGAGUUAGAAUUGCGAGAAGGAAUAAUAAAUUCUCCCAAUUUUACGAAAAAUUCAACAAAGGCCUUAGAAUUGAAGCAGGAAUUUGUACAGGAAAUUAGGAAAUUUAUCGGAAGUGUUCUAUGUCCUUCCUUGCAGCUAUCUUCCGAAUUUAAACUUGAUUCUGCCAACUUUUCAUUAGAACUCUUUCGUGGGAAUGGAUUUCAAGUUAAAGUACGAAACUUCUCAAUUCCUUCACUUAGAGAUCAAGGAGAUACAGGAUACGUUAUCCUGCGUAAUGUCUUUAAUACCAAUUCAGCAGAGGAGUAUUGUGCUUCACGAAUAACGUACUCAUCAGAUUUUAUAAGUGGAGAUAUUAGAGAAGAAAUCUUCGACUUGACGCUCUUUGCAAUGAAUUCUACGAGGAAUAAGGCAAAGCUUCUUCAUAAAUCAACAACAGAGGAUGAGAGAUAUUCUCUAAUUUCUCUGCAAAUGAAGGUGAAUAACUUCUAUGAGGAUGCAAAGUGUGUCAUUUGGAGUGGAAUGGAGUGGAUUGAUGAAGCAUGUAGUGUUCUAUCAACAAGUCCUUCAAAUAUUGAGUGUCAGUGCUCAGAACUCGGAUUUAUCAAGAUCUUCACAGAUGCUCGCUUUGAAGAAGAUGAAAUGUACGAAAAUACUACAACUAACCCAUCUACACUAACUACAGAAGCUACAAUUGAUGAAGUAGUCCCUCAAGGAAAAUCAACCAUAGUUGAUCCUCAAAUUGGCUACAUAAAAUCCGACAUAAUCCACACAGAACCUCUGGUAAUCACAACUAAUAUUAAGGAUAAAGUUAAAAGUGUUUCAGAUAUCUUCACAUUCUCCCCAAUUGUUAACAAAGAGGCGGAUGAAGUUAUUACCGUUAAAACAAUUCAGAGAAAUUCUCAAGAAAAUUCUUCUCAACCUCACGAAGAUCUUGAUGGGAAUAUUCGUGAAUCUAAUCUUGCUACGACAAUUGGAUUUAUUGUAGUGGGAAUAUUUUGUUUAAUUAUAAUCAUCAUCAUCACGUUUAAUUUGUAUUUCAUUCGGAAGAAGAAUAAAAUGAAGCACAUGCAGGAAAUGCAAAUAAUGUCAACCGAAUCCAGAGUACAGAGUGAAGAGAUAAAAUAUGCUCGCUUCUACGAUGAAAAGAUGCUUCUGGGCAAUCAGGAUAACUACAAUUGAUUAAAGAAACAAAUAAUAUUGCUUUAGGAUAUCUCUUUAAAAUCUCCUUCUUUAUUUCUUUUCUUUUUUUUUGCAUUCUUAAAUACUGACAUUCCAUCCUUCUCAAUUUCUUCUCUCUCUCUUCCCCCACUUCUUUAAACAAUUUAAAGCAUUUCUUUCUCUCUUUUUUCUUCAUUUUCUUUAAUUUGUUAUUAAUUUCUUUACAAAAACACAAAUUGAUCAACUAUGGCAGUAAGAUUCAAAUAAUCUUCCCAACUGGUUUCAUUUUCGCAUCUGCGAGGACAUUUUUUUCUGUUAAUUUUUUUUUACUUCUAUGCACAAUUCCGGAGAGACUCAUCGAGUUGAAAGAACGGAAAAAAGAACCUUCAAACAUGCUAAAUGUAAUGCAAAAGAGUGUGUGCUAAAUCCACGGACAAUAAAAAUAUUUUACAGCGUGUCAGA